CAAACCCUAAUUUCUUCCCCCAGUCUCAAGCCUGCCCGCCGCUCUGUGCCGGCGUCCCCUUCCCCUUUCCCCUCCUCAAUCUCCGCUACCGUCUUCGCCCGCCAGCACCAUCUUCUUCUCUACCUCGCCGCUGUCUGACCGCCGCCAGCCUCCGUCGGCCCCCACCUCGCCGCUGUCUGACCGCCGCCAGCCCCCGUCAGCCACCUCCACCACAGCAAGUAAGCUUGAGAGGAUUUGAAGAUAGAUGGUGAAAAAGAGCAAAAAGAGCAAGAGUAAGAGGAUUUCUCUUAAAAAGAAGUACAAGGUGUUACGGAAGGUGAAGGAGCACCACAAAAAGAAGGCGAAGGAAGCUAAGAAGCUUGGACUGAACAAUAGGAAGAAGGUCGAGAAGGACCCCGGCAUUCCCAAUGAUUGGCCUUUCAAGGAACAGGAGCUCAAAGCACUGGAAGCACGGAGAGAGCGCGCGUUGGAGGAGCUGGAGCAGAAGAAGGCCGCUCGCAAAGAGAGGGCUAAGAAGCGGAAACUUGGUUUACUUGAAGAGGAUAGUGAAUUGACCAGUUUUGCUUCCGAAGCUUCUGCCAAAGAGCAUGAGUUUGCAAAGAAGAGUAAAGCAGAUGAUAAUUCAGUUGUGGGCAAAAGCCAUGCAGACCAUUCUGAGAGAUCUUUCUACAAGGAGCUGGUAAAAGUUAUAGAAGCAUCAGAUGUAAUCCUUGAGGUUCUUGAUGCAAGGGAUCCACUUGGUACUCGUUGUCUUGACAUGGAAAAGAUGAUAUUGAAGGCGGAUCCAAAUAAGCGCAUUAUAUUGCUUCUGAACAAAAUAGAUCUUGUUCCUAGGGAAGCAGUGGAGAAAUGGCUCACAUAUCUAAGAGAAGAAUUGCCGACAGUAGCCUUCAAGUGUAGUACACAGGAGCAGCGAUCAAAUUUGGGGUGGAAAUCUUCGAAGGCUUCCAAAUCAAGCAAUCUUCUUCAAACAAGUGAUUGCCUUGGUGCUGAAACUCUCAUCAAAUUGUUAAAGAAUUAUACUAGAAGCCACGAGCUCAAAUUGUCAAUUACUGUGGGUAUUGUUGGGCUUCCUAAUGUUGGAAAGAGCAGUCUGAUCAACAGUUUGAAGAGAUCCCAUGUAGUUAACGUCGGUGCGACCCCAGGAGUCACCAAAUCGAUGCAAGAAAUCCAGUUAGAUAAGAAGGUGAAAUUACUUGACUGCCCUGGUGUAGUGAUGCUCAAGUCCUCUGAGGGUGAUGUGUCCAUCACCCUUCGCAACUGUAAACGAAUUGAGAAGUUGGACGAUCCAGUUACUCCUGUGAAGGAGAUUCUCAACCUUUGCCCAGCCGAGAAGUUGCUAUCCUUGUACAAAUUGCCGAGCUUCAGCUCAGUUGAUGACUUCCUUCAGAAAGUGGCUACUAUUAGGGGUAAGUUGAAAAAGGGUGGAGUAGUCAACAUUGAAGCUGCAGCUAGAAUUGUGCUUCAUGACUGGAACGAGGGUAAAAUUCCAUAUUACACACAGCCUCCCAAGAGGGAUCAGGGGGCGAAUUUGGAUGCGGUAAUUGUUUCAGAAUUUGGGAAGGAAUUCGACGUUGAUGAAGUGUACAAGACCGAAUCCUCAUUUAUUGGUAGCCUAGCAUCAGUCGAGGACUUCCGGCAUGUUGAAGUACCUCCCCAUUCACCUCCGCAAUUUGAUGAGCAAAUGCUACAGGAGGAUAACCCGAAGCAGAAUGAAACUGAAAUUGCUGAGAACACGGACGAGCCUAUGGCUCUCGAUGCUGAGUCUCAUUUUGAAUCCGCGCCUAGCGGUGUAAGCAGGCAAAACGACAAGUUAUAUACGGCCGAGGGCAUAUUAGAUCCUCGCAAGCGAAGAGCCGAGAAGACGCGGAGGAAGGCGAACAAACUGAAUAGAUUGAAUGAAAUGGACGCCGAUUAUGAUUUCAAGGUGGAUUACAGGAUGAAAGAUCUGGGUUCUGAUGGUGAUAUCAAUUCUGCUGAGGAGGGCAAUGCAGAUAGCGACGAUGAAGCCGACCACCGGACUGUCCCUAUGGCCGGGGUUGAGUUGGAUGCAUAGAAAUUUUGAGAGAUUUGAGUAGAGAUAAGAGUUAGAUUGUGCUCUUUUUAUGUUGUAUUGGAAAUUUUGUUCGGCUACAAAGCAGUAAUGCUUAAGAGCAGUUUGAGAAGUUGAUCUUUUGUUUUCGUUUCUGAUUUUUAAAUUCUCUUAAAUAUGCCGAGUUAAUUUUAUCUCUGUAAAAUUUUAAAUUCUCUUAAA